AUGUGGAAAUCCGGAGGAGAAGAUUUGCAAGGUUUCUAUCCAGUGAGAUCAGAAUGUCAAGCAGAUGUUCCAAGAACACGAUUUAAAUCAAGGGCGGGCAAAACUCUAAGUGCUAGAAGAUGGCAUGCUGCGUUCACUGAAGAUGGACAUUUGGAUAUGGAAAGAGUUCUUCGGCGUAUACAACGAGGAGGGAUUCAUCCUUCAAUCAAAGGAGAAGUUUGGGAGUUUUUGUUAGGAGGUUACGAUCCAGACAGUACGUUUGAAGAAAGGAGUAGACUGAGGAAUCACAGAAGGGAGCAGUACUAUGCUUGGAAAGAAGAAUGUAGGCAAAUGGUUCCUCUUGUUGGUAGUGGAAAGUUUGUCACAAUGGCUGUUGUUCAAGAAAGUGGGGAGCCGUUAGAAGAAUCUUCAGUAGAAAACCAAGGAUGGCUUGUGAAAGAUGCUGUAACAGACAAGCGUGUGCUUCAGUGGAUGCUUGUGUUGAGUCAAAUCGGUCUUGAUGUUGUGAGAACGGAUCGGUAUCUCUGCUUUUAUGAGAGUGAGAGUAAUCAAGCUAGACUAUGGGAUGUUCUUGCCAUAUAUACAUGGUUAAAUCCUGAUAUUGGCUAUGUUCAAGGAAUGAAUGAUAUAUGUUCACCGAUGAUAAUCCUACUCGAAGAUGAAGCUGGCGCUUUCUGGUGCUUUGAGCGUGCGAUGCGAAGACUAAGAGAAAAUUUCAGGACGACGGCGACAUCAAUGGGAGUGCAGACUCAGCUAGGUAUGCUCUCACAGGUCAUUAAAACCGUUGAUCCUCGGCUCCAUCAACAUCUUGAGGAUCUCGACGGUGGAGAGUAUCUGUUUGCUAUACGGAUGUUGAUGGUUUUGUUCAGAAGAGAGUUCUCUUUCCUUGAUGCCUUGUACCUUUGGGAGCUGAUGUGGGCAAUGGAGUAUAAUCCAAAUUUGUUUGCAUCGUAUGAACAACCAGAGAACAGAAGCAACAUGUCGGAGCACGAUCCGAGGUUAUUGAAGAAGUAUGGAAAGUUUGAGAGGAAAUAUGUAAAGAGUGGACAUAACGAGCAACACAACACGCUCGCUGUGUUCGUUGUAGCAAGUGUUCUUGAAACAAAGAACAAACGUCUCUUGAAAGAAGCUAAAGGCCUAGACGACGUCGUUCAGAUAUUGGGCGAUAUUGCAGGUAAUUUGGACGCGAGGAAAGCGUGUAAAGAAGCGUUGAAGAUUCAUGAGAAGUUCCUGAGAAAGGCUAAUAGGCAAUAG